AUGCGAAUGGGACAUCACCUCGAUUCAGCCGAAUAUGCGUGGCUUUUUCCCAAACAGAUCUCAACUACUGGAGUGCCGACCAGUGUCCCCACUCCGUUCCCACCGAUCGCCACCGCGGCCGCACUAAUACCCGAUAACUCGUUGCUCUUUGUUGCACUGUUAUUGGUGGUUGUGCUUUGUGUGGCUGUUGUCGGCGUUCUCGUGCAUGCUCAUUGCCGAUCUCCGUCACUUCCAUAUCACCCGAAUGAACAGUGGACAACAUCAUGCAGUACUGAUAUUCCACUACGUUCACUUGUUGUCCUCAAGUAC